AUGGCAUCUUCUCGACAAAUCCCACUUCCUUACGAUGCGUCGGCGCCUUCUGACGAGCAGGCUGCUGCCGCUCGCCAAUCUUCGCCUGCUGCAGAUGCGCCUCCUGCCUCAAAUGCGCCUUCCGGAUCUCAGGUGCCUGCCGAAGGCCAGGCCGCCGCAACCCCCAACGCUCCCAGUAAGUUCUCUUUGACUGCUAUGUGCCUGCGAUUUGGUCACUAUGCGUCUCUCUUACCUGUUUGA